AUGGCUAAUCUAACUUCAAGUGAGAACAACGUUGCCACAGGAACAAUGGCAAUGGCACCGAAGUCAUUGGAACAUGGACUGACGAGCGUGGUACAUUUGGAAUUUUACCAGUGGCAUGCGUCUGCAGAAGACCGCAUCGUGCAAGGGCCGCUGGCGGCGGAGGGCCAGUUCCCGUACCAGGCGGGCCUCAUGAUCGUCACCUCCGGCUUCUGCGGCGGCUCCCUCAUCUCCACCACCGCCGUCCUCACCGCUGCGCACUGCGUCGAAGUCGGUUCGUUCUUCACGGUGCUACUCGGGGGCUUGGAGCGGCUGCCCACGUCUGGAGACAACAGCCAGUCCUUCUACACCUACGACGCCGUCAUGAACGACGCCUACUACACUGUAGACGACGGCGCCGCCUUCAACGACGUCGGCCUCAUCUUGUGGUCCGAUCCCAACACCAUCACCGACUACGUGAAGCCUAUCAAGCUGCCGUCGAGGUCGCAGGUCAGCGAGGCGUUCGCCGGCUACGACGUCACCGUCGUUGGGUGGGGACUCACCAGCAACGAUGAUUGGCUGCUUCCCGGGUAUCUUUCCUACGCUGACGUGAAGAUCUGGGACAAUGCAGACUGUCACGAACAGUAUGGCGAACUUGUCGAUGCCAACGCCGUCUGGGCAAUGGGCGCCAAGGGUCAGCAUGUAUGCACUGGCGAUAGCGGAGGCCCUUUGGUGGUGACGGACUCGGACGGCGAGCCACUGGUCGUGGGAAUCACUUCGUGGCGUCUGCUCGACUGCGACUCCAGCUGGCCGGACGUUUCCAUGCGCGUCAGCGCCUACCUCGACUGGAUUAGCGAGAACGCCGGCGUCACCAUCUCCUGA